AUGAUUGGAAAACGAGUUGAUCAGAUGGAAUCAGGAUUCAUGAUGGCAUUAGAUUAUAUGAUCAAUCUUGCAAAAAAGGACCAAGACGAUAAGCGCAAGUCUCUGUUGGAGAUAAUCAAGGAAACAAUAUUAUCCCAUCUUACCAAAAAAUGCCCCCCACAUGUUCAAGUUGUGGGUUGCUAUGCAGAACCCCUCGGAAAGAAAGCAAACAUGAUCACAUAUGCAUUGAUAAGGGCAGACUGGUCAAAUCUGGAAGCUUUACACAUUCAUAUCAUUUUUGUUGGAGAUAUGAUACCCCUCUCAUCUACAGAGCAGUUCCCAGCUGUGGAAAAGUUAAAAGAUCAAUUACUUGAAAACAAUGAGAAAACAAAAUGGGUUCCUGCUUUUGUUAAGUUAUGUGCUAGUAAUCCUUCUAAGGGGGUCUUUGUUAGGCUGCUUCUUUCAAUGUCAUCAACAACAGUGGUUUUGAAUUUUUUUAUGGAAAAGAAUAGUGUUAAUGCUCUUCAUAGAAAUGGUGGUGGUUGUGACGGUGUGAUUGUGAAGGGAGCAAUACAUGUGGUAAUAGGAGAUGGAAGCGAGAACUCAAAUGAAAGUGGUGGGAAGCGAGGAGAAACACGUAUCAUCGCAAAAUCAGCACAUACACGUGUCCAGUGGAGAAGAAAGAAACACGUAGCAAUUGGACCGUUCUCCAACCAAUGA